ACUACUCAUCCCCUCUUCCUCCCCCCCUAUUUAUUCCUGCAACAACCGCUUCCAUUAGAAUAAUCCCACACUUUAUUAUUUACUCCUUCGACUCUCACCAUUAAUACUCUCUGCAAUCAAAACAAAGCCAAGCAAGAGAAUCCUUUUCAUUGAAAUCUGAAAAAAGAAAAAAAAAAGAAAGUAUAUCCAGAAAAGAAAGAGACAAACUGAUCAGAACUACCCAUUUCUUUAAAGCUACAAAGAAAAAAAAAAUAAAUAAAAAACUUCUCCUUCUCUUCUCUCUCUCUUUUCAUUUAAGAGCUUCUGUAUCAACUCUGAUGAAGAUUCUAAUAAAGCACCAAGCACGUAUUCUUUUCCUCAUCUCGUUUGCUUCUCGUCCGGGGGGAAUUGGCUUGUACCUUGAGUAGACCACAACCCAUUUCAGUUUUAAUGCUAAACUGGUAGGUGAAGAGGCUAUAAGAAGGGAUUUUGUGUUUGCCUAGAGGGUUCAGUACUAAAAUCUAGGGCAACAAAAGGGUUUUAUCUCUUCUUUCUUCUCCUUCUGCUGUUUACUAAGGUAUCUCUAUUAGUUUUAUUGGCCUUUAUUGUCAUUAUCAUGGCUUCGUCAAACAGACACUGGCCUAGCAUGUUCAAGUCUAAGCCUUGCACCUCCCACCACCAUCAAUGGCAGCACGAAAUUAACUCCUCAUCUCUUGUAUCAUCUGGUUGCCACAAAUCACCUUAUACUUCAGUUCCUGGAUGUGAAGAGCGAAGUCCAGAGCCAAAGCCAAGAUGGAACCCAAAACCUGAGCAAAUUCGCAUACUGGAAGCAAUUUUCAAUUCUGGAAUGGUAAAUCCACCAAGAGAUGAGAUAAGAAGGAUUAGAGCUCAAUUACAAGAGUAUGGUCAAGUUGGCGACGCAAAUGUCUUUUAUUGGUUCCAAAACAGAAAAUCAAGAAGCAAACACAAAUUAAGACAUCUCCAAAACUCAAAACAGCAAACAUAUCAAAAUCCGUCAGUUUCUUCUUCCACCUCUGCUCUUACAAUCCCUACGUCUUCUUCAUCUUCGUCUGAAAAAUCCUCUCCGAAAGGCUCUAGAAGGACUCUUUCUUUAACCUCUCCAAAUGUCGUUGACGUGUCCAACUCUCCAACCGGUUCAGUUAACCAGACCUAUUUUCAAGCCCAUAAUGAAUUUAUGACCGAACCUUUCUUCUUCCCGGCUCAACAGACUGGAGGAACAGGAACCGGAUCUUUUACGCAAGGGUUUUGUUUCUCUGAUCUCUCCAAUGUGGCUCAAGUUCAAGAUAAUACAGUUGGGCCUUGCACUAGUCUUUUACUCAGUGAAAUGAUGAGUUCAAAAAAAGAUCUUGACCAUGAAAACAAGAACAUCAAGAUGCAACCAAACCUUAGUUAUCCUGUCACCGCCCCAAUUACACACACCAUUGGUCUUUCUCCACCUUUCCCUCUCAACCCUAACAGUGUCACUGUUCCAUCUACUGUGAACCAAAUUCAAGGCGUAGGAGAAUCCAGUCCUGCGGGUUCGAGUGUAGCAGCAAGAUCAACAGUCUUUAUUAAUGAUGUUGCAAUCGAAGUGGGAGUGGGACCGUUCAAUCUGAGAGAAGCUUUUGGUGAUGAUUUUCUGUUGAUUCACUCUUCUGGUCAGCCUGUUCUGACCAAUGAAUGGGGUCUCACUCUCCAUUCUCUCCAGCAUGGAGCUUCCUAUUAUUUGGUACCUCUCUCAGUCACUGAAAGUAUUUGAAGAUGUGAAAUCAAGCUUUUUUAAGGUUAUGGGGCUACCUAUAGUUUCUCUGCUUUUCUUUGUUUCAUAUCUCUAGGGUUUGAACUCUCUGCCUAGUUAUUAGUUAUUGCUACUGUUUAAUGUACCCUAUAUAUAUAUAAUAUUAGAACUCCUGGACCAA